ACAAUCUUCAAUGUUCCAAAAGAGAAGCUAAAAUAGAUUAUUAAAAUAUAAACAAAAAAAGCGAAAAGAAAAAAGAAAAAAAGAUGAAUGAAGAAUUCGUGCUGGAAACAAAGGGGAAAAACCGUUUAAUUAUUAGUCCGAAUCAAUAUUGUUUCAUCAAACUUCCAUCAAGUGGAAUAAAGAUCGUUCAGUUGAGACCUGAUGGUGUAAUUUCAUUGGGAAAAUUUGGCUGUUUUGAAGUUAAUUCAGUACUUAAUCAUCCAUAUGGAGAAACAUUUGAAAUCAUUGAGAAUAAACAGGCUCGAGCAAUUUAUACAGAUGCAUUUGAGGCUGGAAACGAUGAUGAAGAUUUAGAAGAAGAGAAUAUUUCUGAAGCAGAGAUUUCAUCGAAGUUGCUAUCUACAGAUAAGGAAAACAAAAGUAGAUUAGAUAAUAGAGAUGUAAAUGAUAUUGGAUCUGGUGUUCAAAAAUUGACAAGCGUGGAGAUUGAACUUUUAAAAAAAGACAGUGAGCUAUCGAAUAAGGGAAAAGGUAUUAUUGAAAAAUUGAUUGAGAGUCAUACAAAUUUUAAUAAAAAAACAGUCCAUUCACAAGAAAAAUAUGUCAAAAGAAAACAGCAGAAGUUUUUAAAAGUUUUCACUAUUGAGUAUUUAUCAGCGUCAAAUUUACUAAGAUUUUAUACAAGUAAGGAUUUUGGGAAGAUUCAUGAAUUAAGUGAAGAAUCACUUGGACUAAUGAUAUCGUUAGCAGAUGUUAGACCAGGUGGAAGAUAUCUUGUUGUUGAUGAGUGUUUAGGGUUAAUUGUUUAUACAAUGAUGGAAAGAAUGAAUUUGCAAGGAGAAAUUGUAUUAAUACAUGAGAAUGAGCAUGCAAAUUUGAUUUCUUUAAAAUAUAGUGAUUAUAGUGAAGAGGAGAUUAAAAAAUUUGUUAAAACAAUAAAUUGGUUACAAUUUUUUGAGCCAGAUAAUGAAAAAAUUAAAUUUCCAAUUAAAAGUGAAACUGAAAUCUCGUUAUUGACCGCCCAAAAGAGAAGCAAUUAUUAUCGUCAUAAAAGAAAUGCUGAAAUUACAAACUCUGUUAUAGAUAAUGUUAAAAGAGGACAAUUUGAUGGGUUAAUUAUGGCCAGUACAUUAUAUUUACCGAAACUAUUACCUAAAAUAGUUGAUAAAAUUGGAGGAUCAAGAGCAAUUGUGUGUUAUAGUAAUAACAAGGAGUUAUUGAACGAGACAAAUCAUGUAUUACUUAACGAUGUAAGAGUUAUAAAUUCCAAGAUUUUAGAGACUAGAGUUCGACCAUAUCAAAGCAUUCCAGGAAAGUUGCAUCCAUUAAUGACGAUAAGAAGUGGAGGGGGAUAUUUACUAUGGGGAUUGAGAGUUAUUCCUGGAGAUAAAAUAAAGGCUACGGGUAGAGGAAAUAAAAAAAGUAAGGAUAUAAAAGAGAAAGAAGCUGAGAAGCAGGAGGAAAAAAAAGUAAAAGAUGCUAAAAUUGAAGGAAAAGAUGAUUUAGAGAGGGAGUUGAAAAAGCCUAAAAUAGAAUGAAGAUUGAUUGAUUAAUUGAUUGAUUGUAUUAUAAUAAUUUAUCACAGAUUUUUGAUAGAAUAUUUAAAUCAGUUUUCCAACCCACAAUACAUCUAAUUAGAUUAUUCGAGUCAUAAAUUAACCCACAAUUCCAUUGAUUUGAUUUAUCAAGUUUUUGAAGUAAAUUUUUAGUGAAUUGAACUUGUUGAUCGUUGCCAAGUUCGAAUAUGAAAGCGUUUGGAGAAUUAUUUAAGAAAUGUGGAUGGAAUAGUUUAUAUAAUAAUUGAUUAUAAAAUUCCAAAUGACCUAAUAGAGCUAACUUUGGCUCAUAUAAUUUAACUGAUUUUUGUAAAUUAUUAGUAUAUUCUAACGAGUGUAUAUAC